AUGGCGAAAGAUACUAUCAAAGACUUGCAAGUUGCCAUUGUCGGCGCGGGGAUUGGAGGUCUUGCCCUGGCGAUGGGCCUGGAGAAGAAAGGGGUCCCCUAUACAAUCUACGAAGCAGCAGAUGAGUACUCCGUUGUCGGAGCGGGCAUUGGAUUCGGGCCCAAUGGCGAUCUGGCGCUGGACAUGAUCGAGGAGGGAUUCCGUGCCGAAUUUGAUAAGGUUUGCAUGGGCAAUAUGCCCGGCCACCCUCAGGAUAUUUACUACGAGGGCAUGCUCUUGGAAGAGGGUCUUGGUCUCAACGAGCCGUGGCGAGGAAAGUCAGCCUGGGGCCACCCAGACUAUGUCCGCAGAGGUGCCCACCGCGUCGCAGUCCUCCAAAUCAUGACCAGCUUCAUACCCAUCGAGAAUGUCCGCUUCAGCAAAUGCCUGAAGGAAAUUGAACAGCAUCCGGACCGGGUCGUGUUGAAAUUCGCAGACGGCGAGGUCGCCGAAGCCAGUGUCUUAGUCGGCGCCGAUGGAAUCAAGAGUAUGGUGAGAGAGCACGUCCUGGGACCGUUGUAUCCGAGCCAGGUGGCGCCCGUGUACGCCGACUCCUACUGCUACCGAGGCGUGAUCCCGACAUCUGAAGCCAACGAGAUCUUCGGCGAGGAGCUCACCAACGUAGCGAAGAUGUACGUCGGCGACAAACGGUGCUGUGUCACGUAUCUGAUCUCGAAGGGUGAUGAAUUCAACUUUCUCCUCUGCGCCCUUGACGACAAGCCGUGGGAGUUUCCGAACAUUGUAUCACAGAGAAUCAGCCACGAGGCCAUGAUGGCAGACUUCGAAGGACCGGGAGUGGACGAGCGCUUCCGCCGCCUACUAAAGAAAGCCAUGCCCGUGAAGUGGGGGUUCUUCCACCACCGCUACACAUCAACCUAUUACCGAGACCGCGUCGUCCUCCUCGGCGACAGCGCCCACGCAUCACUCCCCUUCCAGGCCGCCGGCGCGGGGCAAGGCUUGGAAGACUCGUUGAUUCUCUCGAACGUGCUCGGCAAGAUCUACAGCACGCCCGACAAAGGCGCAGCACUGGGGCCGUAUAUUAGAGCUGGGUUUUCAGCUUACGACGCGAUUCGGCGGCCGCGUGCUCAAAUGCAGCUAGAGCGCGCUUACGAAAUGGGCCACAUGUUACAAUUCCAGCAUCCGGAGACGGGGCGGCAGAUGGAGACGAUUGCUGGUAAGCUGCAGGAUGCUUGGUUUGAUUGGAUUUGGUUCCAUGACUUGGCAGGCGAUGUUCAGACCGCGUUCCGGAAGAUGGAUGAGGCGUUGAAUGCGUAA